CUUUUACCCGUACUUCCACCCAAUACAUAUUCACAAUGCCGCCAAAACAGCAACAAAGCUGGCUUACACGAUCCACCAAUGCGGCGGCGGCCGGUGUUGGCAACUUUGCGGGAGCCAUCGUCACAGCAGCAGGCAACGGGGUUGCUGGAGCAGGAAAGGGAGCCGGUGCGAGUGUGACUAACAGCACACGAAACUGGGGAGACACAGUGCGCGAAUACGGAAAUUCAAUCAAGGAUGCAACAGGCGCAUCCGGACCUCGAGCAAGCACCAACAAGAAUCCGCUGGGCCUGUCGAGUACAGCUGGAGGUGCUAAAGCGACCAUGGGUUCAAGGGGUGGUGUAAAUCCGAGGAAGGGAACUGCAAACAAUCCCUUGGGGCUGUAAUACUUCAGUGUGAAAUGAUGAAAUGGGUGUCAUCGACUCCUUUGAUUACAAACAUGAUUGGAGUUUAUGGAGUGUGGAAUAUCUACUAUCUACAAUAAAUACAGGAGUUUGGAUGGGGUAUCUCAGAUGCAGAAAAACGCCUGAUAUCUAUAAAUAAUUACAAUCUAGCAUGCCUCGUUUUCAAACCGUAUG